AUGGACAUAAUAUCGUCAGACGUCAGUAACAGUAAACCGUGGUUAAAAAAAAAAAACCAAUCUAACCAUCAUAACACGUCUGCCCGUAUUAUCGUAGGUUUGGGGGCAGUUAGCGUUAGAGGCUUCCCAGGUGUAUAUCGACGACGGUACAGGAGGACCGGCCAAGAGCCCGUAUGCCGGAACGGUAAGACACCCUAUUAUGUAUAUAUAUAUAUAUGUACGUAUAUAUUAAAGAUCAUAAUAUAUUAUAUAAUAUUUAAUAUAUAUUUGAAACAAAAAAAAAAUUGAUUCAGGAGAGUUGUUAAAAAUUCAAUUGAAAAAUCGGGUAAACUCGAGUUACACACUCCGCCUCCCUCCAAAAAAAAAUAUCAUUUUUAAAUUUACAAUAUAAUAUAUAGUACAUAUAAUACAGUUCAAAACUCAGAAGUUUAAAUAGUUUUCGCUCGGCUAAAAUACAAAUUAAACGAUUCCAAAAAUGUUUUUAAAUUGUACAUUCUAUAUAAUAUUAUAUUGUUAUUGUUACGCGAAGAAACUGCAGAUUUAAACAAAUAUUCGAAAAACACAGUAGAUUUUCUUAUAAAUUUGAUAUGAUAUAUAUUUAAAAAAAAAUAUAUAAACACGUGUAGAUUUUUGUCUAACUUGUAAUUUUUGUUUAACCGUAUAAUUUGUUUGAUUGAUUGGUAUGUAAAAAUGAUGGCACUGCAUGCGGCAGAUAUUAAUAAAUAAAAACGUCUUCAGUUUAUUUUCAUUUGGUCUGUUUCAAUAUAAUUUGCAUGUAUAUUCUACAUUUCUAUUUAGUGAACUAAAAUCACAACUCACAAAUUUAGGAACUCCUAACUUUUUGUCGAAAAUUAUUCUGGGCAAAACGUAUGUAAAUUAGCCGGCAGCCCGCUAUUUCGAGCACAAUUAGUGUAAAUAUAUUCAACAGCAAUUCGUAGACGCUAUUCGUGUGCAUCGCCAACAAAAUAAAAAGAAAUUAUUUAAUCCAAGAACAAAACCAUAACGAUCAUCGCUGUACUAAAAAAAAAAAUAGUCUUAAAAAUACGUGUAUUAUUUUAUUAGCAGGGUUCGGAAGUUAUAAGACUUAUACAAAGCCAAAAUAUGUAUGCAAAUAUACAUGAAAAAAAUUCUAAAAUAGGCAUGGAAAAAUGUUAAAAAUGUAAUAAAUAUGCAAAAAAUUACUCAGUUUAUUAUUCAAAAACAUAUAUCAUUAGUAAUACGCACAAAAAAAAAUAAAUAUUAAAUACUAGUCGUUUUCGUUAAAUUAAUAAUAAUAAUAAUAAUAGACUACGACAGUAAGAAAUAACAAUAAAUAACAUUGAGUUUUAAAUUUAAUAUUAUUUAAAAAAAAUUGGUUAAGAAUGAAAAAAAUUAAAUAUGCAUAAAAAUAUGGCAAUGAAAAUCAACAAAAUACGCACUUUUUCUCUAGCGAAAUAUGCAUUUUAAAUAUUCAAUUUUUAAAUUCUCCAUCGUAUAGAAAGUGUUUCUAGCUUUGUCUGCUAUAAAUUCAGUGCAUACAGAAAAAUAUGCAACUCCUAUAACUUCCAAGUCCUAAUUAUUAGGAUAGAUGGUAGCUUAAACAUAGUGUAAUAAAUUUUGUGUUGACAAUAUACUAACCGCGCACCUUAAGCACACAACUCGCAUUAAAAUUACUUAAUUAAUAUUUACAGUAUACGUGUUUUCAAUUGAAGAAUCACGAUAACUCGUGAGUGAAAACUGAAUAUUAAACAUGUUAUGUACGAGCGUACUUAGUUGUAUUGGGUUCCUGUCAAACAAUUAAAUUAUAUUUUAUCUAACAAAUUACGUACGUUUAAUAGCAUAUUUUACGUUAUAUUUAUCUGCGAGUAUAAAAAUCCAAUAUUCAAAUAUUUCGAACACAAAUAUACACUCAAAGAAAAUGCCCGGUAAAAGUUAAGUCCCGAUUUGUAUGUAAUAUAAAAGAGUUAAAUUUCAAAUUACAUAUUGUACAGACGAUCGAAAAAAUGCCGGACAGAGUGUUGCUCAACAUAUUUUCGUAUUUGAGCCACAAACAAAUAUGCAGCAUGUCGAGAGUGUGCAAGAAAUGGCGUACGAUCGCUUACAACACCUCUCUGUGGCAAACCGUGUCGCUAAGACCAGAAAUAUCCGGACUUCACGUCACGUCGCUAGAGUUUUUGCUGUCUCUGAUAAAGUAGGUAUCUACCUAUAUUCAAAUAAUAAUAAUUACUAUUUGGCACAAUAUUAAUAUCCCGGUGUUCGAUUUGCCCACUCAUCAACUUUGUUUCUCCACUCGUAGCAUGAGAUUCGGCCCUUCGUUGCGAUACAUCGAACUACCCAUCGAGCUCAUUACGCACACGGUUCUUCACGAACUGGCCAACAGGUGUCCCAAUCUGACCCACAUGCUACUAGACUUUUCCACCGCCAUGCAAUUGCACGAUUUCAGCGAACUUCAAGCCUUUCCCACCAAGUUGAAGUACCUGUGCGUGUGCCUGUCCGAGGUGAUUUUCAUGGAAGGUUUUAUGCGAAAAAUCUACAAUUUCAUCAACGGAUUGGAAAUAUUGCAUUUGAUAGGUAAGCGAAAAUGUUAUGUCGCAGUCGUAUUAGAAAUUAUUGCACUGAAUGAUUUGAUUUCUGUAUUCGUUUUUUUCCUAUAGGUACUUACGAAAAAGUCGAAGAAGAAGAGGAGGAAAUCUACGAAGUGAUAAACGUGCACAAACUAAAAUCGGCCACGCCCAAUUUGAGGGUAAUCAACUUGUACGGAAUUAAUUUCGUUGACGACAGUCAUAUCGAUGCGUUCAGCUCCAAUUGUAUACAACUCGAGUGUCUGGCCGUAAAUUAUUGUUCAAAGGUCACGGGAUCUACAAUGAAAACGUUAUUCCAGAGGAGCAAACGACUAAAAUGCGUGUUAAUGAAUCAAACGAGUAAUAUAUAUUAAUCGAUCGAUUAUAAUACUAUACUAUUUACUAUUACAUCACAAAUUAUACAUUCGUUUUAGAUCUCAUAAGCGAGUACUUGAUGCAGGUGGAAUGGGAAAAAUCGUCGAUUCAAGAAUUGGACAUAACCGGCACCGACCUCUCCACUGAGUGUCUGAUCGACAUGUUGGUCCGGAUACCCAAUUUGAAGUUCCUGAGCGCCGGCCAAUUGAACGGUUUCAACGACACUGUGUUGAGUGCGUUCAUGGAACAGGGAAAUGUCAGAAAUCUAAUCGCACUGAAUUUGGACUACUCGGACAACCUGUCGGACGAGGGACUCUAUAAAUUUUUGUCCCGGUACGGCCAUCAGCUACAGGGACUUUCAUUGGCGGGCAUGCCGCACAUUACCGACCAGUUGUGGAACACGGUACUGCCGGUUCUCAACAACAUCAUGUAAGUGUAGUUGGAAUAAUAUAAUUUUUUUUACAAAGAAAACAGUUCGUAUUUAGUUAAAUGUCAAACUUUUUAAUGUAAUAACCGCAUUACAAUAAUGCCAUAUUUUAUUAUUAACCACGGUUAUAGCAGAGUAUUAACCCAACAUUUGUCAGUAUAAGCUGACUUGCCAGUUUUUUUUUCUGUAGGCUUAAACUUCUGGCGCUCAUUACUUUUGACUAAUCUGGUUUAUCAUCAGUUCUAUUGCACAAAGGAUACAGUACAUUAAUAUAAAUUGUUUGAUACCAAUAUUAUCAUUUUGAAAAUAAGUGACUUUUUGGUUUUUUUCCUGUACCCUUUAUAUAUAUAUAUAUAUGUAUUAUAUUAUUUUAUUAGCAUACUUAAGUUAGCACUUUCUAAAAUAAGUGAUAGAAUUUUCGAAAAUUCGUUUUCACGGUUUUUUUUAUUUUUAGUAUUAGAAGUUCAAUAGUGCGAUAAAAUUAAUUAAAAACUUGAACAAAUUUUAGUGCUAUUACAAAUUAAAAAAAAAAAAAUAUCUAUAUAAAUUUGUCAAAAUAAAUUUACCUGAGAUCGAUCAGAAUCGUUUUUCGUUCAUAACGACUUAUCAUGUGUAAUAUGCUUACAGUAAAUGUAUAAGUUAAAUUACUCUAUUUCAAGUUAAUUUUUUAAAAGAAUAAAUUGGUAGUCUACUUUUAUAUAAUUUUAACUUCAAAGGAAAUAAUAAAAAUAAGUCAAUCAAUAAACCGUUAUUAUUUGAAUUUUUAAUACUGUUUAUAUACUUUAAAUAACACAAGUAUAACAAAUUAGAUAAAAUGAUCAGGUCAUUAGGCCAUAAUUUGGUUCAAGUUAUCUGAAAAAUUCCCAUUUCCUGACCGGCCACUUUGACUGCCCCUGCAACUACGGAUGAUAUCUAAUAUAAAUUAUUAUAAUCGAAAAUUACAAAUUGAAUUGUCUUAACUUCAGAAUUAUGGUGAUGGGUACUCAAGAGAGAUUAUCCGGUAACGUGCUCGUGGAUCAGCUCAUGGACGGCAUAGCUACCAAUUGCCCACGGUUGGAAAGACUAGAAUUAAAAUGGGAUCCGGAUAAUUUACGAUUUUCCGAUAAAAGUCAAAAAGCUAUAGACAUUUUCCGAGUCAAGUGUCUGAAACUAAAAUGUUUAGUUUUAAGGUAAAACAACAGUGAAUUUAUCCUAUAACUAAUAAGUAUUGCGCAAUGACAACAAAAACAAAUAUUUGUAUUUUGAUUAUGCCUAACAAUAUUAUGUACCUAUACUAUAUUAUUAUGCGCUUUACGCAUGACGGUCUUGAUGUUUUUGUUUUCUUUUACACAGCGACGGAAGGUAUUAUGAAAUAGUGAAAGCAAACUUCGAAAGGGCCGAUCGACUAACCGUGGUCAGAACCACCACUUGUUGUAGCGUCUCCAAUUAUUACCUACUGCAGAAUUACAAAGAUUUAAUAUUCAAUUGA